AUGUCUAACAUUUGGGUGUCUGCAUUCGUCUGCAGACAGCCACUGAGGCGGUCCUAUGUAUUCCGCCAUGGCUGCCUUGCUGGUUCUGAUUGUACUGAUGACGGCAACUCGUACUCUCAGCAGUGCAUUGCCCCGACUGCUUUCCAAAAAUGGUUCCAUCCAGAAGGAGUGAUAGGCACAGCAUUGGGUGCCGCUGCCAAAAACGCCCUCAUGAUCCUCGCUGAGGGCACGGGCACUCCGUUGGAGGCUGUACACAAAGCGGUUCCAAACGGACAUCGUUGGAUGCAAGUGUACAUGGUGAAGCCGAGGAACGACAUGCUGAGGCACAUUAGGAGAGUUGAAGCGGCUGGUUACCAGGCCAUAGUGCUAACCAUAGACGAUGUACCCUCCAGACGGAUAUCUUACUCUUCUUUACGGGGGGAAUUCGAAUUCCCCGCUUCGAUCGACUUUGUCAAUCUUCCCAGACCAGUAAUUGGUGGCACCAUAGCCGACUCUGUUCAUCAAAUCAACACAGUCACAUGGGACGAUGUUGAUUGGUUGAAAAACGUGACACGUCUCCCAAUCAUUCUUAAGGGAAUUUUAACCCCAGAGGACGCAGAAAUUGCGGUGCGCCAUGGUGUGGAUGGCGUGUAUGUAUCCAACCACGGUGGCCGCACACUUGAUGGUACUACAGCCUCUAUCAAUGCGCUCUGGGAUGUGGUGCGUGCCGUUAGGGGGCGAUGUGAGGUUUACCUCGACGGAGGAAUUCGGAACGGAAGGGACGUUUACACGGCGCUAGCUCUAGGAGCCAAAGCUGUCUUUAUUGGUCGUCCUGCUAUCUAUGGUCUGGCCACAAACGGCUCCCAGGGUGUUCAAGACGUGAUUGAGAUAUUGACUAACGAACUAGAAAGUACAAUGGCGCUCACAGGCGUGACCCGAGUAUGCGAUAUCAGUCCUUCCUAUGUUGUGAAGCAAAGUUACUACGAGACUCUCAAUAGACCACCAUGUCGCCAGUUUUCAUCAAAGCAACUUUCGGUUAACUUCGUGGGCUAG